AUGUCCGCCUACAACAGAAACAUGAUUGCUUUAUAUCAGGAGGUCAGGGCCUCAGAGGAGGUCAGGGCCUCAGAGGAGAUCAGGGCCUCAGAGGAGGUCAGGGCCUCAGAGGAGGUCAGGGCCUCAGAGGAGAUCAGGGCCUCAGAGGAGGUCAGGGCCUCAGAGGAGGUCAGGGCCUCAGAGGAGAUCAGGGCCUCAGAGGAGAUCAGGGCCUCAGAGGAGAGGGAUGUCAGGGCCUCAGAGGAGAUCAGGGCCUCAGAGGAGGUCAGGGCCUCAGAGGAGAUCAGGGCCUCAGAGGAGAUCAGGGCCUCAGAGGAGAUCAGGGCCUCAGAGGAGGUCAGGGCCUCAGAGGAGAUCAGGGCCUCAGAGGAGAUCAGGGCCUCAGAGGAGAUCAGGGCCUCAGAGGAGAUCAGGGCCUCAGAGGAGAUCAGGGCCGCAGAGGGAGGUGUGGCUGCAGGGUUUCAGUCCAACCAAGCAGGAGAAGACCAGACUCCAGCCAUUUCCUCAAGUUGA